AUGAGUCGCGCUACACCAUGGACGGUGAGCCAGCUUCCGGGUGAACCGCAUGCUACGUCACGUUCGUUUCAGAUCGAGGCAGGGUACCUACCUGCACGUCCGCCUGUCGCGCCGAAUCAGCGACCGAAAGAUGAGGCGCACUUGUACUUUAUGCUGCACCGCGCCAUGUAUACGCCACGUCGGCGCAAGUUGAUUGUGUGGCUGAAUGGUGGACCAGGAUGCUCAAGCUUUGACGGCGCGUUCCUGGAGGUGGGUGCGUUGCGUGUCAAGCCCUCCGAUGCGCUCGUCGAGGCUCAGGCGGGGCAGGCGUGGAACGAAUACGCAGAUGUCUUGUAUGUGGACCAGCCCGUAGGCACGGGCUUUUCGUACGUGGAAAAUGCGGCGUAUGCCGAGACGUUGGACCAGGUGGCAGAGGAAUUUGUGUUCUUCCUUCGUGGGUUUGCACAAGCCUAUCCAGAAUACACGCAGGGCGUGGAUGUGUACUUGGCAGGCGAGAGCUAUGCGGGGCAGUACAUUCCGUACAUGGCCGAUGCGAUGCUGCGGGCGUCGAAUUUGUCGCUGCAUUUGGAGGGCAUUGCGAUCGGCAACGGCUUCAUCGAUCCUGCGUCGCAGUAUGGCACCGAAGUCGAUACGUUGCUGCAAGCAGGCGUGUGGAAGAAGAAUGGGCCAGAACAUGAGCACAUCAAGCCGAUCCUGCGUGCGUGCCAGGACGCCCUGCAGAAGGACAGUGUCCCGCGCGCUGAAUACCCCGUGUGUGAUGGCAUCGUCGGCGACAUUAUCAAGUCGAGUGUUCGAACCAGCUUGAAUGGCGUGAGCCGAUGCAUGAACAUGUACGAUAUGCGGCUCACCGAUACGUCGCCCGCCUGCGGCAUGAAUUGGCCGGCGGAGCUGACGGAUUUGUACACGUUCCUUCGGAAGAAGGACGUACGCAGCGCACUGCACAUUGAUGCGAACCACAAGCCGGAGGCAUGGGUCGAAUGCAAUGCACAAGUCGGCGAUGUGAUUCAUGCGCAUGCGGCGAAUAGCAAUGCAAGCGUCACUUUGUUGCCGAGCCUCCUGAAUCGCGGUGUGCCUGUGCUUCUCUUUGCAGGCGAUCAAGACUUGAUCUGCCCGGCGUUGGGACAGCAGCGCUUGGUCGAGCGUUUGCACUGGCUUGGCAGCGAUGGCCCUGGGGAUGCGAAGCCCGAAGUAUGGUCCAUCAACCAGCAGCCUGUCGGUACGUGGCUGCAUGCCCGCAACCUGACGCUGGCAACGCUGACCAAUGCGUCGCAUAUGGCGGCAUACGAUGCGCCGUACGCGGCGCACGACAUGAUGCUGCGGUUCAUGGAUGUGCAAGUGGACUGGGUCGACGGGGCGCAAGUCCACAUGGAAUCGAAGAUUGGCUCGACGUCGCGUAUUCUCGUAGCCGAGAAUAGCACCGCAACCACGUCUACGCCCAGCCCAUUGAAGUCGACAUCGACACCUUUGCCGACGACGCGGCCAGGGUCGUCGUCGUCCCUGCCACAAGUGGAUACAUCGGAUUGGUCCGGCGAUUUGUUUGUGGUGGUCGUUUUGGCCUUGGCCGUAUGGCUGUGUUUCUAUGUACGUCGACGAGCCCGUCGGCCAGCAGGUGCGCAGUACCAUGCCAUUGGCGAGCACAUUGUGCUACAGCCGACCCAUGCAUCUCAGCACCGAGCGGCGGCCGCGGGAAGCAUGUCGCCGGACAUGGAGCGGGGCGCUUUCACGCUGGGUGGCGACGAUGACGACGACGAUGACAAUGAUAACUCCCCAACCAAGCGCUUCCGCGAUUGA